UUUUCUAGAUCCGCCCCUGUGAAUAUGGGAUAGUAGUAUAUGAAACUCAACCGAACACUCGCAUAUACAAAAUCCAGCUAACUUCCUUUUUUAGCCUCUUCAUAGACAGAUAGUCCAACUCCCUCUUGUUUAUGGGUGACCCUACCUUCCCAACCUCAUGUGCUCCAACUCACAUGACCCCCCAUUCCCUCUCCUUUCUUUUCCAGUUUUCCAUUCUUAUUUAAGCUUCCUAGCUCUUUCAUUCCCCUUUCCAUUAAGUUAUGUACUUAAAAUCAGUGUUUCUUCUUAGCUUUUCUUAGUUGUAAUUUUCUUCCUUGUUUGGUUUCCAGUUUCCACUAUAUUCUGCCUAACAACAACCUACAAGUUUAAGCUCUUUUCUUUUGUGGUAAGUUUGAUUACCAAACAUGGCUAUAGAAUUAGCCUUAGAAGAUGAUCUUUUCUUUGCUGAUUUAAAUAGACAAAUCUCUCUCUUGAUUGAUGAGGAUGAUGAUGAUUAUAAUUACCCAGUUUCCCAUUUUCCUUCCAUUUCCCCUCAGGGUUUUGCAGGAACAAGAAGAGUUCAUCAUCCACCAAUAAUGGGAUCACAAUACAAUUUGUACCAAGAAAGUUCUAGAAGACCAUCAGAAAUAAUUAGCAAAGGAACUGGUGUUUUUAUUCCACAAUCAUCACAACCAAGAAGAAAAUAUAAGCAAGGAAAGCGUUCUACACAUUAUUACCCUGCCAAAUCCAACAAUAAGCAACUUAAUUAUACCAAUAAUGGAAAGACAAAUGCCAAUAUUGAUCAUACUAAUCUUUCUCCUUUUUACACUAAUACUACAAUUAAUAGGUUUGAAUUAACCAAUUAAUUGUGAUUUUAUUUUUUAUCAUUAGAUUAUGCUAAUUUAUGUUGGUAAUUAAGAAUAAUUAUUAUUAAGUAGAGAUUUGUAUUGUAUAAUUAAUUAUAAAGCAUUCUUUAUAGAUGAUGUAUGUAGAUGGGCAAGAUAAGUGUUCCUAACUUGUUUUAAAGAUAAGGUUUGCAAUAAAAUGAUUGUUUAAUUUUUAAUUAGUAGCAAUUUGAUGGAAUUUUGUAACAUUUGUGAUAAGGAUAAGGAAGUUUUAAGCAAAGAUUGAUACUAAA